AUUGAGGGAGUGACAGAGAUGGGGAUAAUGGAGGCUAGUCGGGGGGCAGGUGGAUGUUUGUCUCCUGAAGAUGCUCUUUUGGAGGGUGUUGGGGUUUUGUGGGAGACCUGAGGAUCUGUUUCCCCCAUCUUUCCAGCUGUCUAUGAAAGGUCCUCCUGGCCCGGUGGGGCUCACUGGGCGCCCAGGCCCUGUGGGUCUGCCUGGGUAUCCUGGUCAGAAAGGAGAGAUGGGAGAAAUGGGGCCACAGGGUCCCCGAGGCCUUCAGGGACCUCUUGGGCCCCCUGGCCGGGAGGGAAAGAUGGGCCGCUCUGGAGCAGAUGGGGCCCGGGGCCUCCCAGGGGACACAGGACCUAAGGUAGGUGAUAAGGUCAGGUUCGGGACUUGGAGGGACGGGUGGGUCGAGGAUUCGGGGUUCAGGCGGUGUCUCUUUGUGCAGGGUGAUCGGGGCUUUGACGGCCUGCCAGGGCUGCCUGGUGAGAAGGGCCAAAGGGGUGACUUUGGCCAUGUGGGGCAACCUGGCCCCCCAGGAGAGGAUGGUGAGAAGGGAGCAGAGGGACCUCCGGGGCCCACAGGCCAGGCUGGGGAACCGGGCCCCCGAGGACUGAUCGGCCCUAGAGGCUCCCCUGGUCCCCUGGGACGCCCGGGUGUACUUGGGAUUGAUGGUGCUCCGGGAGCCAAGGGAAAUGUGGGUCCUCCGGGAGAACCAGGCCCUCCAGGACAGCAGGGAAAUCCUGGAUCCCAGGGACUCCCUGGCCCCCAGGGGCCCAUUGGCACUCCUGGGGAGAAGGGCCCCCCUGGAAACCCAGGUAUUCCAGGCAUUCAAGGAUCUGAUGGCCCUCCGGGUCACCCAGGCCAUGAGGGCCCCACAGGAGAGAAAGGGGCCCAGGGUCCACCAGGGUCAGCAGGACCCCCGGGCUAUCCUGGACCUCGGGGUGUGAAGGGUACCUCUGGCAACCGUGGCCUCCAGGGGGAGAAAGGAGAGAAGGGAGAGGAUGGCUUCCCAGGCUUCAAGGGCGAUGGGGGGCUUAAAGGAGAUCGGGGACCCCCCGGGCCCCCCGGUCCUCGGGGAGAAGAUGGUCCUGAAGGGCUGAAGGGGCAGGAGGGGCUGGCCGGCGAGGAGGGGCCCCCAGGCUCAGCUGGGGAGAAGGGCAAGCUGGGGGUGCCAGGUCUCCCAGGUUACCCAGGACGUCCGGGCCCUAAGGGAUCUACUGGCUUUCCCGGGCCGCUGGGACCCUUAGGAGAAAAAGGGAAGCGGGGCAAAGCGGGGCAGCCGGGCCUGGAAGGAGAGCGGGGGCCACCAGGCUCCCGUGGAGAGAGGGGGCAACCGGGUCCCACCGGGCAACCGGGCCCCAAGGGUGAUGUGGGCCAGGACGGGGCCUCUGGGAUCCCUGGGGAAAAGGGCCUCCCAGGUCUGCAGGGCCCUCCUGGAUUCCCCGGGCCAAAGGGUCCCCCUGGUCCCCAGGGGAAGGACGGGCGUCCCGGGCACCCUGGACAGAGAGGAGAACUGGGCUUCCAAGGUCAGACAGGCCCACCUGGACCAGCUGGUGUCGUGGGUCCUCAGGGAAAGACAGGAGAAGCGGGACCUCUGGGCGAGAGGGGCCCCCCAGGCCCUCCUGGACCUCCGGGCGAACAAGGUCUUCCGGGCCUGGAAGGCAGAGAGGGUGUCAAGGGAGACCUGGGGCCACCCGGGCCCCUUGGGAAGGAAGGGCCGCCUGGACCCAGGGGCUUCCCCGGCCCCCAAGGAGCCCCUGGGGACCCCGGACCUAUUGGUUUAAAGGGUGACAAAGGCCCCCUGGGCCCUGUUGGAGCCAAUGGCCCUCCUGGGGAGCGGGGUCCUGUGGGCCCGGCAGGAGGCAUGGGGCUUCCUGGCCAAAGUGGAGGCCAAGGCCCUGUUGGCCCUGCAGGCGAGAAGGGGUCCCCGGGCGAACGUGGCUCCCCUGGCCCCACGGGCAAAGAUGGGAUCCCAGGGCCCCUGGGGCUUCCUGGACCGCCGGGAGCUGUUGGGCCUUCUGGCGAGGAUGGGGACAAGGGGGAAGUGGGUGCCCCUGGCAACAAAGGGAGCAAAGGCGAUAAAGGGGAUGCGGGCCCGCCUGGACCAACAGGGGUACGGGGUCCUGUGGGACACCCAGGCUCCCCGGGAGCAGAUGGGGCUCAGGGACGCAGGGGACCACCAGGCCUCUUUGGGCAGAAAGGAGAUGAUGGAGUGAGAGGCUUCGUUGGGGUGAUUGGCCCCCCUGGCCUGCAGGGACUGCCGGGCCCUCCUGGAGAGAAAGGGGAGGUCGGAGAUGUAGGGUCCAUGGGUCCCCAUGGAGCUCCAGGCCCUAGGGGUCCCCAUGGCCCCAGUGGAUCGGAGGGCCCUCCAGGGCUGCCUGGGGGAGUUGGUCAGCCGGGCGCUGUGGGCGAGAAGGGUGAGCCAGGGGAGGCUGGAGACCCAGGACCCCCAGGAACCCCAGGCAUCCCUGGGCCCAAGGGAGAAAUUGGUGAAAAGGGGGACUCAGGUCCAUCUGGGGCUGCUGGACCCCCAGGCAAGAAAGGCCCCCCUGGAGAGGAUGGAGUCAAAGGGAACGUGGGCCCCACUGGGCUCCCAGGAGAUCUAGGCCCCCCCGGAGACCCAGGAGUUUCGGGUAUAGACGGCUCCCCAGGAGAGAAGGGAGACCCUGGUGAUGUUGGGGGACCGGGUCCGCCUGGAGCUUCUGGGGAGCCUGGCCCCCCUGGGCCCCCCGGCAAAAGGGGUCCUUCAGGCCGCAUGGGUCCAGAAGGCAAAGAAGGGGAGAAAGGGGCCAAGGGGGAGCCAGGUCCCGACGGGCCCCCAGGGAUGACGGGCCCAGUGGGGGCUCGAGGGCCCCCUGGACGUGUGGGGCCUGAGGGUCUUCGGGGGAUCCCCGGCCCUGUGGGUGAACCAGGCCUCCUGGGACCUCCUGGACUGAUGGGCCCUCCUGGACCCCUGGGGCCCUCUGGCCUUCCAGGAUUGAAGGGAGAUGCUGGCCCCAAGGGGGAAAAAGGUCACAUUGGAUUAAUUGGCCUCAUCGGCCCCCCUGGGGAAGCUGGUGAGAAAGGGGAUCAGGGGUUGCCAGGCGUGCAGGGCCCCCCCGGCCCCAAGGGAGAACCCGGUCCCCCCGGUCCCAUCGGCUCUCUGGGCCCCCCUGGGUCCCCAGGUGUGGCGGGUCCUCUGGGACAGAAGGGCUCAAAAGGUUCCCCGGGAUCCUUUGGUCCCCGUGGCGACACUGGCCCCCCUGGCCCCCCUGGCCCUCCGGGUCCCCCGGCCGAGCUGCACGGGCUGCGCCGGCGGCGGCGGCGCUCUGUGCCCCUGGAGGGCCUGGAGGGCCCGGAGGGCGGCCUGGAGGAGGUGCUGGCCUCGCUCACGUCGCUGAGCUUCGAACUGGAGCAGAUGCGGCGCCCUCCCGGCACAGCUGAGCGCCCGGGCCUCGUGUGCAGUGAGCUGCACCGCAACCACCCGCACCUGCCGGAUGGGGAAUACUGGAUUGACCCCAACCAGGGCUGUGCGCGGGACGCGCUCAGGGUUUUCUGCAAUUUCACGGCUGGAGGAGAGACCUGCCUCUAUCCCGACAAGAAGUUUGAGACCGUGAAAAUGGCCUCCUGGUCCAAGGAAAAGCCGGGAGACUGGUACAGCACAUUCCGUCGAGGGAAGAAGUUCUCCUACGUGGACGCUGACGGGUCUCCGGUGAACGUGGUGCAGAUGACCUUCCUGAAGUUGCUGAGUGCCACAGCCCACCAGAGCUUCACCUACUCCUGCCAGAACUCUGCCGCCUGGCUGGACGAAGCUGCAGGCGACUACGGCCGCUCCCUCCGCUUCCUCGGGGCCAACGGGGAAGAGGUGUCCUUCAACCAGACGACAGCAGCCACCAUCGCUGUCCCCUACGAUGGCUGCCGGCUCCGCAAGGGACAGACGAAGACCCUCUUGGAGUUCAGCUCUUCCCAAGUGGGGUUUCUGCCUCUGUGGGAUGUGGCGGCUACUGACUUCGGCCAGACGAACCAGAAGUUUGGGUUUGAACUGGGCCCUGUCUGCUUUAGCAGCUGAGAGUCUUGGGGUGGGAGGGAUAAUGAGGGAGCCCCAGACGGGGCACUAUUGGUGCUGAGGCUUUGAAGCCACCGUAUUUAUCGUGUCCUGUGACUGUGGAGCCAGGGGAGAGUCUGCUCAUCACGGUCAAGCAGUCUUCCUUCUCCGUUCCAGGGGGCCGGGGGCUGCACUCCCCUGGCUCAAGUCUAGCCUCCCUUCACUGCACCACAGCUGACAUACUGUAGUCUGGCUCUGCCUGCCUGCCCAGCCCUCAUCUCCCCACCCCCGAGGCCCCAUGCAAUGAACUUCUAACUCAGAGCUGAUGAAUGCCCCCCAUGCCUGCCUCCCCACUCCUCGGUCAGUGCCCCCAACACCUGGUGGUGCUCCCCUUUCCAAUAGUUAAGCACUGGAUGUCUCCUGAUCCCAGGCUGGGACCCCUUCGCUCAUUCCUAUUUUCAGGUGGGUUCACAGUGAAGGAACUGAAGUCAGGCUCCAGAGGGAAGAGUGGGGCUUCCCUGGACUGAGCUGGGUGCUCCUUCCACUGCCUCAGCCCAGCUCUGAGUACUGCCCCCACCCAUAUCUCCCUGAACUCACCUUGCCAUGCCAGGUGGUAGGGGAGUCAAGAUGGUGGGGGUGAGUCAGGAUCCUAAUGGUGCUGCCCUAUUUAUACCUGGGUCUGUAUUAAAAGGGAAAAUCCCCUCUGUUGUAUAUUUAAUCUGCUUCCUCCUUUAGGGAAGGCUGGGAUAUGAUGAGAGAGAUUCUAGCAUGAUCCCCACCCCUCCGGGGCCAUAGGGCAUAUUUGGCAUCUCAAGUCUGAGAAUAAACCAGUGAACUGUG